AGGUGGUUUAUGCGUGAAUUAUGGUAUGGUUUAUUGCUCUUUCUCUUUCUCUCUCCAAAGCAUCGCUCUGGCUAUAGAGUAAACAGAAGGAGAGAGAAAGAGCACCGCUCAGCGCAGCUGUAUAGCUACCACGAUCUUCAUGGGCGUCACGGCUUUCCACCGGCGGCGCCACCACAACCACGGCCGCCUCCGCGUCCUUAUUCCCGCAAUCUCCGCCGUAUCCGGCGCUAUGCUCCUCCUCUUCCUUCUCUUCUCCUUUCUCGCCCCUUCUCCAACUCACAAUCAACACCUCCACCACCUCCCUCUCCGCCCUGCCUCGUUAAAAAAUGACGUCGACGACGAUGGAGUUUCGGUUUUUCGUGUUCCGAUCAGUGGAGGAAGACUGGAUCGUGACAUUUGGAGUUCAACACUGUCUAAAUUCUACUACGGAUGCAGUAAUGCAAGCAAAAAAUUUGCUGAUGCUAAAUUAAUCACGCAAUCCAAUCGGUACUUGUUAAUUGCGACCAGUGGAGGUUUGAACCAACAAAGAACUGGGGUAAUUAUAUCUAUCAAAUGUUAUUUUGGAAUUGCCGAAGGGUAAUCUAGAUCUAUUUUUGGUUUUUCGAGUGUUUGGAGAAUGGUUUCUGUGUUGAGAAGCUAAAGAGAAGGUUAACACGCGUGGAACUUAAUUUGGACUUGAUUGUAGUCUUAAAUAUUGGUCUAAAGAACUAGUUUAGUAGUCAACGGGAUCUACUUAAUUAUCGAUUAUAGGUUACUAGGAGGUUGGAUCAAUGGAACAAAACCUGAAUAUUUUUAUUGGAAUUAUAAGCAAUCUAAUGUUUACUUUCGUUGCAAUUGCUGUUCGAUGCUAUCAUUU